UAUGACGUACUAUUGUGUUUUUCUUUUCAACUUGACUGCAUCAUUGUCGUUGAAAUAGAUAUAUUUAGCAUAGUCCAAUAUUUUACAGAUCACUGUAAGAAGAAGUGAAAAAUACAAUAUAAAUACUAAUAAAUAAAAUAAGAUAGAAAAAAAAAAAAAUUAAAGUUAAAAGAAAGACGAGGCCGGUUGCUCCGGUCUUGAUGCUUCUCUUUCUCUCUUUUUCCUCCCUCGAUUGCUCUUUCAUGACUUCCCUCUCUUGACUCUCCCCUCUUUCGUUUCUCAUUCGUGAUCGCCGUGUAUCGAGUGUGUUCUCUCUUCUAUCUGCGUGUGUGUGUGUACGACUGUGUGUGAUACAAUACACUUUUUCACAUGCACCCAAGCUUCUCUCUUGAUUCUGUGUUUGCGCUCACUUACUGGUCCUCGUCUCACGUCUGGUGGGGUCAGUGCCUGCUCGGGUCUUGAGCAGGAUACCCAGAGGGUUUUUCGUUUGUUGUUCGUGUGGUUUUACUUGAUCGGACAAAAAUAAAGGAAGAUAACAAUUUACGCGCGCGCAACGUCAGUGUUAUUAACUUAAAAUAUUUAGUUAAAUCAAUUGUGACCAUUAUUAUUUGUGACGAAACUUCAAUUAUUGGUUUGCUAAAUAAUCUUUCCAUUUGGAAUAUUUAAUCGUGCAGGAAAACGUCAAGACCAAGUGUUCAAGUCUUAUGAUUGGGUAGUGUUAAAAAUUAACUUCCGGUAUUUACUGUUAUCUUAUAAACUUUUUAACUAAUGUGAAAUUUGGUCAAAUAAAUCCAUAAAAGUCAAGUUAUAAAUGGCAUUAAGAGUAAAAAUUACAAGAACUACAAUUUUUUCAGAAAAGCUGGGCACCACAUGAAAAAACAACUUCUUUUAGCAUCAUUUUUAUAUAAGUCCAUUUAAUUUAUAGAAGAAAACAGAGAAACAAGACUAGAAAGUUAUUCAAGUUAAACAAGACGGAAAUGAUCUAAUGUAAAAUCGUAGUUGAUGCCUAAUCUUUAGCAUGGACCAUGUAGAUAGUUGGAGUUUACUAGUAGAAGCAUCAGGACUGUUGAGAUCUAAAGUCCAUCUAAUUAGUAUACAAGAGAAUAUCUUCAGAGAGCAAAAAAAGUAUCGAGGUGCACUAGCAGUUAUUGGGGGUGGCCGGGUUAUCACCGGUACGGUGAUGCGACGAUGAGUCCGGUGUGUAUGUACGGGCUGUUAAAGCGCGUCACCCGACACCCCCAUUGUCAAUUAUUCGUAAAUCGAGACGCGUUGUUGCUGUCAACAUCAUUAUUAUCAUCAUCAUCAUCAUCCUCAUCAUCAUUAUCACCAUCAUCAUCACCAUCACUAUCAUCAUCAUCGUCGUCAUUAUUGGCAUCGACAUCAGUACUUGCACCGUUCAACGAUUCCUUAUUGAAAACUAGGCCAAUAGUAGUCACACGGCCGACAAUUGAAUGGCCAUGGAUCUCGAGAAAACAAGGAACGGCACUGGUGAUACCGACGACGAUUACACCAAUAUAUAUUUUAUCGUCGGUGAUCGAAGAGAAAUUGCCAGUUUUCGACCUGAUCAAGUUACUAAUAAAGAACUUAAAGAACUUUUUAGAAGUGCAGCAGAGGCUGGUCCUCUGGACAUCGUAAAACUUCGUAAAGGAGAUAAACUUUUGAAUAUAUCACCUCAAUUGCCAGCAAAUACAUCGGAUACACCAUACGUGCUCCAGGUUGUUGGAGCACACCCAACAUCCUUAGGGAUGAUUGAAACAGAUCUUCUACGUGCAUUAGAAAGGCGUGUAGCUGUAUUAGAACGUCAAUUAAAUGAACAACAGACUGCAGCAUCAUCAGAAACAUCGAAUGUUUUACGAGAACUUAAAGAACAAAUGAAUGCUUUUAAGACUAAGUUGGAAACUACUGAGCACCUGAGUUGGUUAGGUUUUUAUAAACAGUUACCGGAGCCUGUUUCCUCUGAGGCCUGUAGAAGAUUGCAAUAUCGACGCAAAAGUGAUAGUGUAAAACGUCGAGUACGUGAAAAGUUCCUCAACAUCUGUGAUGUUUCCGUGUCAUCGAGCGUCCGAGAGUGGUUACGUUCACCAGCCUUUGACGCACGACAGUGGGAAGAUGAAGAGCUUUUACUGAUGUUACAAACGAUGUUUGUUGAACUAGAAUUGCCGCAGAAAUUUAACAUUCCCCUACCGACAUUGAGGAAUUUCCUUUACGAAGUAUACAAUAAUUACAACGAGGUGCCAUUCCAUAACUUCAGGCACUGCUUUUGUGUAGCACAAAUGAUGUACGCGAUAGCAUGGGCUGUGGAUCUUCCUACCAAGAUUGGUAACCUCGAAGUCCUGAUAUUGAUUAUCUCCUGUAUAUGCCACGAUCUUGAUCAUCCAGGAUAUAACAAUAUUUAUCAGAUAAAUGCCCGGACUGAGCUUGCAUUGCGCUACAAUGAUAUUUCUCCAUUAGAGAAUCAUCAUUGUUCAGUAGCAUUUCGUGUACUUGAAGCACCCGAGUGUAAUAUUUUGGCAUCAUUAGAUAGUGCAACAUUCCGUACUGUACGCGAAGGGAUUAUAAGAUGUAUUCUAGCGACAGAUAUGGCAAGACACAAUGAAAUUUUAGGACAAUUUACCGAUGUCGUACCCGAAUUCGAUUAUCAAAAUAAAUCACACAUCAAUUUGUUGUCAAUGAUUCUUAUUAAAGUGGCUGACAUCAGUAAUGAAGCGCGUCCGAUGGAUGUAGCAGAACCUUGGCUAGAUCGUUUAUUGCAAGAAUUCUUUAAGCAAAGCGAUGCAGAAAAACUUGAGGGACUCCCUGUGACUCCUUUCAUGGAUCGAGACAAAGUCACAAAACCAUCAUCUCAGUGUAGUUUUAUUGGUCUCGUUCUUCUUCCCCUUUUUGAAGCUCUUGGUGAACUAUUUCCUGAACUUCAGAAACUUAUUGUACAACCUGUACGAUAUGCUUUGGAUUAUUAUCGUCGACUGAAUGAAGCAGCCAAAGAUGAACGUCAUCAUCGAAAAAGUAUUGUCGAUCUUGGAGAAUCUACAAUGUCAUCAUCAACUACCGGUUCGUCUAACGUUGUUAAAUCUACUUCAUCUCAUAGCAUGCGUUCUAAGCGUUCAGGUUGUACUAUUAGAUCACGGUCAAGAUCAAUAGAAGAUGAGGGUGAAAAUAUAAUGCUGGAAGAAUCAGAUAAUGUAGAGAGUUCAGAUCCGGAAACAGCAACUGAAGUUGAGGUUAGCGAAAAGACGUUAAAAUUUAAAAUUUCAACAGAAGGAAAUGUUGCACCUUCAUCAGCUGGAAGGAGAAGUUAUCCUGGAAGUAGGAAAGGAAGUCGGGAAAAGUCAUCUUUAGAUUAUCAUAAUCAUGAUUUAGCAAAGGCUGUUAGAGAUCAUGAACGUGAGAGAAGAAAAAGUAGAGGAGAUAAUCUCAGUAGUGACAUGAGUUCUCCUGUGAGUGCAAGAUCCGGUGAAGACACAAGAAUUCUUGAAGAGUUUGAAAAAGAUCAAGUUUUGUGUAUAGAAACUCGAAUUAAAGAUGAAAGGGUUGAAGAAAAUGGUGGUAAUAUCGCUGUAGAGACUAUUAUUGGACGUAAUAAUUCCAAUAAAAAAACAAGUAGUGAUACUGAUGAUAGAAUUGGAAGGAAGGAAAUAGUUGUAGUAACAGAUAAUAAUCUCAAAUGCUGUUGUGAUGAAAAAUCAUCAUCUAAUAAUCAUAAAUCAUUAUUAUCAAGGUUAAGAAAUUUUACAGAUCGACUGAGUAUUAGUUUUGACUCUAAAGAUCCACCAAUUUCAAAGUCAAAGCAUCAUGGAGUUACUAAAAUUCUUACAAAAAGUAAUUCAGUUAUGAGUGGUACUUCUAGACAAAAUAGUACUUUAUCUAUUUGUAAAAGGUGCAAUUUAAUAAAAAACACCAAAGACCUUUCAACAACUGCUGUUCUCACACUUUCGAAUAUGGAUAAGCGAGCGAUGACGUUACCAAAAACUCGAAAAUCACAUGAUAGUAGAGCAAAAAGUUGGAGAAUGGUGUUUACUAAAGAAAAACGACCUUCAGCAUCUUUAGAGGUCCUACCAGCUCAUGAUUCUGAAACUUCUAUUGUAAAACAUAAAAGAAACUUUUCUAAUCCUGAGGAAAAGAUGUCUAUAUCCAAGGCACAGCUUUCUAAAGAUAUGAAAGAUCAAAAAAAAUUAAAUUUUACGGAAAUAAAUGUUAGAACAAAAUCAAAACCAGAAAUUGUUAAUGAUCCUGAACAUUCAAAUAUUGUUGAUGAAGAUAUUGAAAAAAUUGAAAUUCGACGAAGUUCCGCUAGUAUGGAGGACAUUUCUAAAAUAACUAAACAACAUGAAAGUAUUCUCGGUAUGUUAGAUGAUAAAAAAUCUGAGGAGAUGCAGCAUACAGGAAGUCUUGAUUCAAUGCUCUACAAAGAUUCAGCAAAGACUGAAAAAAAAUCAUUUGUCUUCUCUUCACCAUCUAGUGCAAAGAAAUCACCUAGCUUAUUUUCUAGAUUUAAAUCUGGUAUGAGUAUUGACGGAAGAAGUAACAGUGGUUCACUUCAUGAUCAAUCGGUUCAACAAUCACCAAGUGGUUGGAUUUCAUCUUUAACUUCUAGUUUUCGUCCAAAAAGGCAUGCUGGUGAUUUCACAACGUCAACUCAUCCACUCCAUUCACCCGGCCAUGAAGAAGUUAAAUGAUACAUCUUUAUGAUGGAGAAUAAAAGAGGUAGAUUCUCCGAAUUUAGCGAAUGGUGGGCACAACAUUCAUCUUGUUGUAGUGGUUAAAUUUUAUUUUUCUUUAAUGUUUCAAUGUCUUUCCAAGUAUAUAGUAAUGUAACAAUGAAAAACUAUUAUGUAUUCCUUCAGUUUUACGGGUAGAAUGAAACAUAACUUGCUAUUCCAAAUAUAUAUUUAAAAAACUUCCUACUGAGAAGUUGAUACUAAAAUCAAAAAUGAAAGUUGACUCUUUAUCGACUUUCUGAUUUAAGUUAUACAAACGAAUAUUGAAUGUAACUUGUCAAAAAAGUAAGAAAGAAAAGUAAACUAAAAAAUAUUAUUUAUGGAUUGAAUAUUGAAGUUACAGAGUUUUAAUGGAGACUCUUAAAAAAUGUCUGACAGUGUAGUUAAUUUAUACAUAAUUAAGUCGAAAUAUCGCGGCUGAUAAAUUAUUAGGUCUGUAGAUUAUUUUAUUUAUUGUCUGAAUGUAGUUUGACGUAUGUAGAUUAAUUGUUAUUAUUAAUGUUGUUUGUU